AUGAAAAAUAAAAAUAAGUAUGAUUAUUUACUAAAAUUAUUAUUAGUGGGUGAUUCCAGCGUAGGGAAGAGUAGUAUAUUAUGUAGAUACUCUGAUAACCAAUUUGAAGAGAAAGUUUUAUCCACAAUAGGUAUUGAUUUUAAAGUAAAAUAUUUAAAAAUCGAUAAUAAAACAAUAAAAGUAGGAAUAUGGGAUACAGCAGGUCAAGAAAGAUUUCGAACUUUGACUUCUGCUUAUUAUAGAAAUGCCCACGCAAUUAUUCUUGUAUACGAUUGUACUGUUAGAGAAUCCUUUGAAAACCUAGACGUUUGGAUUAACGAGAUAGAUAAAUAUUCUACAAAUAAAAAUGCAAUAAAAAUGCUUGUUGCCAAUAAAAUUGAUAAACCUAAUCAUGAAGUUACUAAAGAUGAAGGAAAAAAUUUCGCUUUUGAAAAUAAUAUGCUCUUUUGUGAGACCAGUGCAAAAAAUGAUAUUAAUAUAACUUACUGUUUUGAAGAAUUAAUACAACAAAUUUUAAAUAAUCCAUCCUUAUUAGAGUUAAGUAUUGUAACUAAAAAUUUAAAACUUGGAAAGAAAGAGGAAAGCCGAUCAAACUGUGCUUGUUAA